ACCUAAUCUGAUUUUUCUUUUUCUCUUUUUCUUUUGUUUUUGAACGGUGGCUUGGCAUCUCGUGGUGGAGGAUGGCCGGCGUCAGAGCUCCGGCGAGGGCACAGCAGGUGCACGGUGAGGAGCUCCGGCGAGGAGAUUGUCGUGGGUCGGUAUGGGCCUACGUCGCGGGAGCUGCGUCGGGGCGCUCGGAUCACGAGCUUCAGCCGGCGGGGCGCUGCAGGGACGGCGGGAGGCCUCUGGUGGCUGCGAUGAGGCUCGGCACCGGCGAAAGGGAAGCGUCGAGCUGGGUCUGGGACUUCUGUCGUCGGGGACCUCGGAUUUGCAAGCAGAGGGACUCCGGGUGCUGGAUCUCGACUCGGCUGCGACUCUGGGUCACCGGUGGCUUGGGAUCUGACGGCGAGGUGGUGCGGGCCGCAGGAGACGCCGGGGCGGAGGUGCAGGCUCGGGCUGAGGCGGAUCACCGGCAAAGUGGACACACAGGCAGCAGAACAGGGGAGUCACUCGGGGGGAAGACUCGGAUCGGCACAGCGGCGGCUUUGUCAGGCGGAGCAGAGGCGCUAGGCUGGCUGAAGCGUCGCGGGCCGAGGGCUGAACAGCAACGCCGGGGCGGAAAGGACUGCGAUCUGACUCGGGUCUAGCUCUGGCGGAGGCCAACGGGCCGAGCUGCAAGUCCCAGGCGAGGCGGAUGCGCGAGCGUCGGGGCUCGUGGAC